AUGGAGGAGGCUUUGUUGACACCGGAGGAUGGAAAGAGGCAGAAGAGGGUGAGAUUCCGGGUGGCCUCAGGGAACAGCGGGCGGGUUUUAAAAGAGAUGUUUAAGGAUGACGGGCCGUCAGAUUCCCUGGAUUCAGACUGCACCAGCAGCUCCGAGGCGGACCGGGCCAGCACUCCAUCCACCAGCGGGGAGGUGAACGCCCACCUGUGUGGAUUCUUGGGGUCGGAGUUGGAUGACAGUGGAAGCGAGCCUGAUGACUUGCUGAUGUUUGCAGGAGGAAGAGACAAAGUGUUGAGUACCAAACGAGUGAAUAUCCUCAGCAAAAAUGGGACCGUUCGGGGAGUCAAGCACAAAGUCAAUGCUGGCCAAAUACUCUUUGAUAACUUGGCUAAAAACAAUGGGGUAAAACUGACUCUAGAGUUCGGGCGAAUUGUAAUCUACACCACCAGUUUUCGAGUGGUCAGGACUACGUUUGAGCGAUGCGAGCUGGUCCGAAAGAUCUUUCAGAACCACAGGGUGAAGUUCAUAGAGAAGAACAUCGCUUUGGACAGUGAAUAUGGGAAGGAACUGGAGACACGUUGUAAGCGAGUGGGUGAACCUCCCUCACUGCCUGUGGUCUUCAUUGAUGGACACUACCUAGGGGGUGCAGAGAAAAUACUUGCAAUGAAUGAAUUAGGGGAGCUUCAGGAUCUCCUCACCAAAAUAGAGAGGGUUCAGCACCCCAACACAUGCCAGACGUGUGGGGGAUUUGCCUUUGUCCCGUGCCCUAUGUGCCAUGGCAGCAAAAUGUCUGUGUUUCGCAACUGCUUCACCGACUCCUUCAAAGCCCUGAAGUGCACAGCGUGCAACGAGAACGGUCUCCAGCCCUGCUCCAGCUGUUCUCACUAAGGUCCUCUUCAAG